AUAAUAUUUCUUCCCAGUUCCACCACCAUCCUUCCCUUUCAAGAAUCCCAAAGCCCUAACCUCUUGUCCCACCUCCCAUGGCUCCGAGGAAGAGGGUAUCCUCCUCCUCCUCCACGAGAAAGCCCAGCCAGAACCACCAAACCUCCCAGCCUUCCAAGUUCGGCAUCCAGCACUUCUUCGAGCGCCACUCCCAGGCCGCCGCCGCCGCCUCCUCCUCUUCUACAGCCAACCCGUCGAUCCCUUCAAACCCUAAACCAGAUUCCAACCCCAACCCUAACCCUAGCCCUCCCCAGAGAUCGCCUCCCCCUGCCGAUCCGCCGCUACCCUUUCCCGCCUCCGCCUCCAAUGGCGAGGAGAGCUCGUCCCAGAUCACCCCGGAGAUUUCCAAAUCGGUCCCUCUCAAGCGCUUCAAGUUCUCCCCUGGAAUGCUAAUCAAGCAGAGCCAGGAUGAGGGGGGAGAUGAGGUUACUUGGAAGAUCUCUCCCGUGAAUGUGCGGCUGCAAUCGCUCACUGCGAAGCAGUUGCCAGGGAUAACGAGGAUCUUCUCCGAAGCCACGAGGCCGAAUGGUUCUACCUUUCACCCCUGCUCUCAAAAGCAGGAUCCUUCUUGUUCGGUUGGAAAGCUUGAAAAGUGGCUUUCAUCUCCAGCCACAAUGGCACUCGACAAGUCUUUGACGAUCUCAAGAAGAGUUUCCAUUCAAGAAUCAGAGGUUUGCAAUAGCUGUGGGAUUAAUGGUGACCUGAAGAAUGACGUCUCGUUGGACUUCCAGAGCCCCUUUCGGACUCCUCCCUCCAUGUCCUAUGGUCCGAACGAGAACGAGUUGAUUGGUGGAGUUGUGUGUACUGGAGCUUCUGACCAGCUGGGUUUGAGGCAGCACCGGAAGGCAUUGCUUGAACUUCUAGAUCAAGUUGAAGAUGCAAUUAUGGAAGAACCAACAACCAACGAUCUGACGCUUCACAAGAACCGAGAUGCAACUUGUGAGAAGAUACAUGUGGACCAUGAUCCUAUUGAAAGUAGUUUCAGAGACACUGCACUGGGAAAGCCUUGCGGUGCUUCACAUGAUGAUACGUUUCUUGUAUUAGAGGUUUCAGAAAAGCACAGGAGUAUGGAUUCAUCAUGUGGUCGAUCUCCUUCAAAGGUUCUUCGCUUGUUGAAUGAACAGACUGGCCAAGAGCGGAUUGUGCAUUUAUGUGAUGAGUGGUUCUAUAGCCUGAUUGGUCCUGGUGAUACUAUAAAUGUCAUUGGAGAAUUUGAUGACCAAGGGAAAUGUGUGGUCAAUCAUAACAAAAAUCUUGUCAUUGUCCAUCCAGACAUACUAGUAUCUGGAACACGGGUGGCCUCAAGUUUUACUUGUCCAAGACGAGCUGUUCUUGAUGAAAGACUAAAGAGUGCAGAGCAUUCUACUUCUGCAUUAAUUGGUACCAUGCUUCAUCAAAUCUUUCAGGCUGGACUUCUUAAGGACUCGCCAUCAAGGCAUUUCUUGGAAGAGUAUGCUGGAACAGUCCUUCAGAAGAACAUCGAAAGUUUAUAUGCAUGUGGAGCUAAUGAGAGAGACACAUACUCAACACUUGUUGAUGCGGUUCCCAAAAUACUCAAUUGGCUCACAUGUUUUAGGGAGGCAAAGGGAUCCAAAAGUGCAUCGGUUGACUUUGGAAGUUCUGAUGGGCCAAAGGGUGUCAGCAUAACUGAGGUUAUAGAUAUUGAGGAGAUGGCAUGGGCUCCAAGAUAUGGACUGAAGGGAAUAAUUGAUGCUUCAGUUCGUGUAAAUAUUAGUUCAAGCAGUGGUAGUUCACAUGAGACAAUUAUGCCUUUGGAAUUUAAGACUGGAAAAGGAACUAGUGGCCAGUCUGCUAUGGAACAUAGUGCCCAGGUCAUACUGUAUACUCUUCUAAUGUCUGAAAGAUACUUGACGAAGGACAUUGAUUCUGGUCUUCUGUAUUACCUUCAUACAGAUCAGACACGGGGUAUUAAAACUCAACAGUCUAACUUGGUUGGGAUAAUUAUGCGCCGAAAUGAGCUUGCAACUGAUAUUUUGAAGGCAUCAACUAUGCAAAAUCUUCCUCCUAUGCUACAGAAUCCAGCAAUAUGCAAAAGUUGUCGUCACCUCAACAUCUGUACACUGUAUCACAAGGCUUAUGGGGGAAGCAUUGAGAGCAGUGGACUUGGUGAUGUAUUUGAUAGCCUUGUUAAUCAUCUAACUGUUGCUCAAAGUGAUUUUCUCAAACAUUGGGAUCGAUUGAUUGACCUGGAAGCUAAAGCAUCUCAGGUCACUAGGACAGAAAUAUUGCGCCAACGUAGUUUUAGGGGAGACAAGAGCACCAACAGCAUUUCUUCCAUUGUUCUUGAUGUUAUGAAAGGAUUCUCAGGAAAUGGGUCUUUUAAAAAUGGCAGAUACAUAUAUCAUUUUGUGCAUCAAAAAUUGCCUUGUGGGAGACAAAGCAGCCAGAAAAUGGAUCCACCUGAACCAGGACCAGGCAACCUGGACUGUAGCCUUAGAUGCGGGGACUAUGUGAUACUUAGCACGGAAUCCGGGCGCAUUGCAGUUGCAAAAGGAGUUAUAUGUGACAUUAGUCAGUUUCAUAUAUCAGUCUCUUUUCCCCGGCGUCUACGGCUUCCAGGGCGUGAUUCUGCAUCAGAGACAGGAAAUCUCAUUCGUGAAGUUUGGCGACUUGACAAGGAUGAAGCUGCUUCAUCGUAUGCAGUCAUGAGAUUCAACCUCAUACAAUUGUUUUCUCAAGACUCACAAAGUUUGCAUCUGAGGAAGAUGAUUGUUGACCUUGAGGCACCUAGGUUUGAAAGUGGAGGAAUAUAUAGUCAAGAUCCAGCACUAUCAUAUGUUCGUCUAGAAAAGCAUUUGAAUGAUGACCAGAGAAGAUCCAUUCACAAAAUACUUACGGCAAAGGAUUAUGCUCUUAUUCUAGGAAUGCCUGGAACAGGCAAAACAUCCACAAUGGUGCAUGCUGUGAAGGCAUUACUGAUGCGAGGAGCUUCCAUUUUACUCACAUCAUAUACAAAUUCAGCCAUUGAUAAUUUGCUUAUUAAAUUAAAAGCUCAGGAAAUAGACUUCAUACGAAUAGGAAGGCAUGAGGCUGUGCAUAACGAUAUUCGUGAUCAUUGCUUUUCUGAAACAGGCUCACGGUCUGUAGAUGACAUUAAGCAAAGGAUGGAACAUGUCCGAGUUGUUGGAGUGACUUGUUUGGGAAUAAAUCAUCCAUUGCUAGCAAAUAAGAGGUUUGACAUCUGCAUAAUGGAUGAGGCUGGGCAAACCACACUGCCUGUAUGUGCAUUUUUUUCAUUGCUGCAGUUCAUAAUGGUAUCAUUAGGACCCUUGAUGCUUGCCUCAAUAUUUGUUCUAGUCGGGGACCAUUACCAGCUUCCUCCACUUGUUCAGAGUACAGAGGCUCGGGAGAAUGGAAUGGGCAUUAGCUUAUUUUGCAGGUUAUCAGAAGCACAUCCUGAGGCAAUUUCAGCCUUGCAGUGCCAGUAUCGCAUGUGUGCUGGUAUAAUGGAACUGUCAAAUGCAUUAAUUUAUGGGGACAGAUUACGCUGUGGUUCAUCUGAGAUAGCAAGUGCCGAGCUCAAGUUUUCUAGCACAGGAACCAUCACAUUGUGGCUAAAGGAGAUUUUGGAUCCAAAGAGAUCUGUUAUCUUUAUCAACACAGAUCAGUUGCCUGCUCUGGAGGCAAAAGAACACAAUACUGUGAACAACCCUAUAGAAGCAUUUAUUAUUUCAGAGAUCACGAGAGAAUUAGUGAAGGUAGGCAUCGUUGGAGAUGAAAUUGGUAUCAUUACCCCUUACAACUCUCAGGUCAAUCUCAUUCGACAAGUUGUUGGUGUUUCUGUUGAGGUUCAGACAAUCGACAAAUACCAGGGAAGGGACAAGGAUUGCAUAUUAUUAUCUUUUGUACGAUCUAGUGAAAACUCGGGAGCCUGCACUUCCUCCUUGCUUGGAGAUUGGCACAGGAUUAACGUUGCCCUCACACGUGCGAAGAAAAAGCUGAUCAUGGUCGGGUCCUGCAAAACCCUCUCAAGAGUUCCGUUGCUGAGGCUACUGAUAGAAAAGGUGAACGAGCAAGGUGGCAUUAGUCAUCUAUCAGGUAAAGAUGUCCACUUGAAAGUGCUGAAGAAAUGCUCCCAAUGAGUGUAUUAUAAUACAUGUAUCUGCAAAAAAAAUGUUUACAUUUUUCCCCAGGCAGAAAUGCGAUUUUGUUAACAUGCAACACUCUUGUAAUUGUAUUAAUCAAUGUGGUUAAUCUGUAA